CGCGCUCGCGUCACUCUCACGAUGGCGGGCAACGGGACGACGGGCGCGCCGCGGCUGUGCCUCGUGCGCAAGGUGCCCACGUUCGACGGCUACGGCUUCAACCUGCACGCGGAGAAGGGCAAGCCGGGGCAGUACAUCGGCAAGGUGGACGAGGGCUCGCCGGCGGAGACCGCGGGGCUGAAGCGGGGGGACCGCAUCCUGGAGGUGAACGGCGCGCCGAUAGCGGGCGAGUCGCACAAGCAGGUGGUGGCGCGGAUCAAGGAGCGCGCGGACGAGGCGGAGCUGCUGGUGGCGGCGCCGGCGCCGGGGGACGCGCUGCCCGACCUGGAGGCCCCCGCGACCCCCGCGCCCCCCGAGGCCCCCGCGGCCCCCGCGCCCGCCCUCAACCUGCACAUGACCGCGGCGGAGAUGCGCGCGCAGCUCGCCGCCAAGAAGAAGGUCGACCCCAAGAAAGUGCCAAUGGACCUCAAGUCCAAGUUUGACAUCGUGAAGAAACUGUGAGUGUGUGUGUCGCGUGCCGCUGUUGUUACACGAGUAUGUAAUGUAAUGGUUUGUACAUAAUGGGUCGUGUUAUGUUAUUAGUCGGCGACUGUGUAUGUUCCCGCCGUGCGCGCAGGGCUCGGGUGGCCGCGGCCACCUGUGCGCGGAUUAUGUGACAAGUGUUCCACUUUUUGCCUCCGAUAAGUUGUAAGGAUUUGGAGCCGCCGGUCGUCGGUCGCAGGCUGUUAUCAGCUGCUAGGUACAUGAUAUUGGUGUCAAGAGAACAGACUGAAGGUUGUUCUCUUUGUUAUCACAUCGGUGGUGUGCGUGUGAGUCGUGUGUGCACACGCUGGAUGUGUGUGUGUGUGUGGGGAACCUGUCCACACACACACACACACACAGCGUGCGCAGGCGCAGCCUCUGCCUCCAAGCCUCUUUUGAACGCUCAAACGUUCGUUUUCUUUUCAUUUCACUUAAACAUAAAUUGUUGAAUUUGUUUUAUAUUUAUACGUAAAAAUAAGUACCUUAAUUACUUAAUAAUAUAAUUGAAUGAUGUAAGUAAAUCAAUGCAAUAUGGAAAUUUGUAUAAAUGAAAUUGUUUUACAUAUAAAUAUGUAGGUGUAUACUUUAUCUUUUAUUGUGUGAUUGUACUGCAAUAUUUGUAAGUAGACUAAUAAAUACGUACAAAUGAGA